GGACGGAUAUCUUGCAACCUUCGGACGAUAUCUCUCGAGUGGAAGGACGAUGAACGAAGGAGCCAAAGACCCGAAAGCUACCUAGCUCUGUCAUACGCAUCGGGUCCACCAAAUGCGAGAAGGUCGAUCUCGAUAGAUGGCAAGCCCUUCGGGGUGCGGGACAAUCUUUGAGAUUUCCUCAACGCGGCUUGUACCCGCGGAACUUUUACGCAUGAUACGACGUUUACUGGCGAGUACUGGCGCAACGUCUUCCCAGGAACAUACAUUGCCGAGGAGAAACAAGUUUAUCUUUGGAUUGAUGCUAUAUGCAUUGACCAGUCGCAAGUGGAGAAACGAAAUCAUGAAGUCGCAAUGAUGGGAGAGAUAUCCUCACGAGCGCAGGAAGUUCUAGUCUGGCUCGGUCGGUCAACUCCACUUAUCGCCGAACUUCUCCAUGACAUGCACAGCCUGAAGAUUGAAAACCGCAAAUUGGUUCGGAAGGCCAUUGGUGAUCAUGAGUGGGAGCGUAAGCAAACAGGCCUGAAAGAGCUAUGCAAACUCGAGUAUUGGGAGCGACUCUGGGUCGUGCAGGAGCAUCUACUAGCAAAAGAUGUGAAAAUAUGGUGUGGCGCCGAUUCAGUCGAUCCAGAAAAGAUCAAGUGGCUGGUGCAUGUGGUAUUCGAUAUUCCUUAUCUCGCAGGGAGUUGCGCCAUACGACUAUUGCAGGCACGAGAAGUGCGAAACGUACAUGCCGAACAGCUCUCCCUCAAACAACAUCUCGACAACUUUGGUAUAAGAACGAAGUGUGCUGAUGUGCGAGAUUGCAUGUACGGACUGCUUGCUCUGAUCAACGAGAAAGAGCGUGAGAAACUCAAUAUCAGGCCAGAUUAUGCAUUCUCUCGAUUUGUCCUGUUUGUCAAACUAAUUCAUGCCUUAAAGAGAUCAGGAUCUUAUAGCCCGGAUGAGCUCUUGAAUUAUGUUGAGACACUGCGUCUAGCGCUAAGCUUAACCUUUUACAGGGUAGAGGUCAUCGGAAGGCCGGCCCUGGGGGAUCAUCUUUACAACGAGUGGGUCGCUCGACGAAAUCAAUCCGCCUGAUUGUACCAUGGUUCGAAAUUAUUCCAUCCACAUAAAAUGCAGCAUUGUGCGACGACCUACGAAUUUUCUCUACUCCAGUGCACAAACAACGAUUACAAUAAGAACUGGCGACGAACUUGAAUAUGCCCCGUAUAAAUGCGGCUACGAGUCGCAAGAGGAAGCGCACAGUUUCAAAUCCGAUUGUCGUCCAGCUUCAGAGUCCACUGCUCAUGUUACCCGGCGGGAUGCGCAAUGCCAUCUAUCAGUACGCACUAGAAAAGACAAGACCGUUGCAUGUAGUCGGACCCAGUGAAGAU